UUUUGUAGUGGCGGUGAUCAUAGUCUGUAUUUUGCUUUUGAAGGACAUUAACUAUCGCGUUCGUGUAUUAUUAAUAAAGUUUCACAGAUACUAAACUCGUUAGCGGGACUUUCGUUGACCGCUUUUUGUUCUAUAAUUUUGUUAUGUUAACUUGAUUAAAAAUGGAUCGAUUCGUGGUCCGUGCUCCAACAUGGAAAAAAAUGAAUUAUGGUACAGUGGUGGCUCAAAGUGCAAGUUCGAAGCCAUUGGCUGUUCAGAAAAAACAACCUUUACAACAAAAACAAUUGGAAGAAAAGGUAACAACAAAAACAUCGAAAACGCAUGGUGAGCGCCUUGCGGAUGUCUUCAAGCCCAACAAUGCAGUGGCCAUUGAAAAUCUAAACUGCAAUAGUAAUGAUAGUGGCUUAAGCAGUGCAUCCAGUAUUUCGCCGCCACAACAAUUGGAUGAUAACAAUGUUCAGUGUAACCCUGGUAGUCCCUUUAAAAACAUACUCAUGAAAACACCAACCAAGAAAAAUGCUUUGGGUAAACUGGGUGACUAUGCCGAUUGUCCGGAGGAUAAAGAGAAUGAUACGUAUAUGACAAUAAAAAACACUCUAAAAUCUGCCAAGAAGGUUGCAGCCACCAAGGUUGGUCUAAAAGAGAAUACACCAAGCAAACAACAACUACCUCAAACCCCCAAAGUCAAUAAACUCAUAACAACUGUGAAGACGACAUCCGAGAACCUGACCCCAACCAGCAAUCUAAUGUUAAUGUCACGUAUACAGAGGGAUCUCAAUAGUCCCUCGGCAUCGGUUAGAGUAAGGGCACUCAAAGCAAUAACAUCUCCCGCCAAAUCGCCAUAUACCCAUUUUGAUAUUCCGGAAUCUGAACAAAGUCUUAACUUUUCGGUUCAGGAAACACCCGACAUAAAGGAUGUCAUGCGAGAUAUAAUCGUAUAUGUGGAGGUUAGAUCGGGUGAAGACAACCGUUCAGAUGGUGUACGAAAAGUCAUUGAAGCGCUGGGCGCUCGUGUUAAUCUAAAAUUGUUACGUGAUACCACCCAUGUUGUUUUUAAAGAUGGCCUAAUGUCAACCUUUAAAAAGGCCCGUCAAUGGGGCAUACCGAUUGUAUCGAUUUUAUGGAUAGAAGCUUGUAAAACCAAGAAUCGUAUAUGUGAUCCCAAAGAUUAUCCUAUAUCGAAUUUAGAUCGUUAUGAGAAUCCUGAAUUAUAUGAUAAAAUGAAGCGUUUCAAAUAUAUGCAACCGGAUUCGGAAAGUUCCAUAAACCGACGAGGCGGCAGUGCUCAAAGAGAUCUCACGCCAACGCAAAAGACUGGUGCAAUCAAAAAGAAUUCCACACUUAUUGGCAGUACUCCUACAAGUAGUUCCAAUACUAAAAAGAAGACUGACAUAAGCCAAUAUUUUAAGAAAUUAGAUAACGGUAGUAGUAAUAAGGUACUAACCACUCCAAUUGCUCAGAGUGUUGCUGCCAGCGCAACGGUGUCUGAGUCGCCUGCCACACAAUUCUUGAAUCGGAUAAACUCGAAAACUACUUCCCCAUUUCGAGGGCAAACCAAGAAGGCAUCGACUACAACGAAACAAGCAAACAAUGUGGAAAGUUACGAUGACGACGAGAGUAGAGAGUCAGCAGCAAUAAGCGAUAUCACUAAAACUCAAAAAGUUAAAAAGGCUUUAGAUUUUCUACACACCAAUGGAGAUCAGGAUAAAGAAAUUUUUGAUAGUCCAAGUACCAGGACUAGACGUCGCAAUAGUAUUGCCACUACACCUGCUGCAAUUGCUGCAAAAGAUGAUAAUGUUUGCUCUAAACAAAUCAGCGAUACACCAUCAAAGAGCAACCGACGUCGAACAUUAUUACCGGCUACUGAAUUUGGAUCCAAACUUAACACACCAUCAAAAUCAGUACCUGCAGAUAGGGAAGUAACAAACAAUAUUGAAUCUUCCAUGACCCCCAGUAAAAAUACUCGUCGUCGCAGUUCUAUGCAUACUCCCAAAAGUAUGACCAUGGAAACCCCUAGUAAAGGAAAACCAAUACAAACCAUAUUGGAGGAAGAUACGGUUACGCCCAGGGAAGAGAGUGUAGAAAAAAAUGAAGGUAAAACUUUAUAUUGCACCAAGUCCAUGGAAAUAUCAAAGGAAAUGGGGGCAACAGGAUUAGUAGAAGUGAACAGCACAAAUAAUGCUAUAAAAGAAAAUCAACCCAAUGGCUUGAGAUCUGCACGCAGGCGUACCAUGUUUGGUAGUAUAAAUUCAGGCAAUGAUAUUGAUACCUCUAAUGUCACAACCAGACAACGACCAACAUGCUAUAGCGUGAAACCCAUUGAGGCGAACAAUACAGGCACCAAUGGAUUUCUCUCAUCUGCGACAACUUCUUCGAAUAGGCGUAGAACUUUAUAUACCCCCAAGAAAUUAAAUCAAAAUAAUGAUCCUAAAGAAAACAAUGCAAGACAAGUUGACCCUCAAUUAUCCGAUGGCCUUAAUGUGACGCCCACGGCCGGUAAUAUGUUGGGUAAGGUGGCAUGCUCCACACUUUUGGAAAGUUCGGAUAAAAGCAUUAAACCAAUACAAACCCCGCCGGCCAAUGCUAUAGCGGGAAAAUUAUUGGAAGAGACUGAGCCUUGUGUAACCCCCUUAGUUUUUAGUUCCACCAGGCUACCCGGGAAUAAAAGACGAACUAUAUUUGAUGUUUCGAUGGAUAUUAUAACCCAACGUUUACAAUGCAUAAAUCAAUCGGCCAGACGUUCGUUGGCGCCUGCAAUAAACCGGGAAGAAAAAAACGUGGACACGAAUACAAUUGGCAGUGGAAAAUCUAACGGCAAGACCACAGAGGACUUGUCAUCGAAUGCCAGCAGCAACACCAACUCUGUUGAAAAUAACACGGAAUCGCAUUCGACGCCUGUUUUAAGCAAGAAACGCAAACUGUUUGUGCCAAACGAGGUAUUGACACCUCCUCCCAUUUUGCCCACAAGUGCUUCAACCAAAAUCAACAAUACCUCGGUAUCCAAUACACCAUUAACAAAAAAUCUUUUGGAACAAAAAAAUGUUACAAAGCGCCGCAGAACUUUGUUGCCUUUAACCCAGCAGACCCUAUUGUCUACAACAUUGGAUUCGUCCCAUGUUAUUUCGGAACCUCCAUCCCAAUUGCUUAAACGGCGCAGUACUCUUGAUUUUGAGCAAAUCAAACAAAUUCAAAAUAAAGCUGAACGAAAGGAUAAAUGCAGCGAGGAUGUUAUAUCAGCAACAGGUGCAGCCAACGUAGGAAAACAAAAGACACCGGUUUUAGUUUACACAAACAUGCAUAAAGAACAAUCAGACGUCAUACGAGAGGUUGUUGAUAAAUUGAGUGUAUUUAGCCUUGAGCAAACCGUAACAGACAAUACCACGCACUUGGUGACCUUAGAGGCCAGAAGAACCAUGAAUCUUUUGCGAGCUAUUGCUCGAGGACUGUGGAUAGUGAAUUACAAUUGGAUCUUAGAUUCACAGAAAGCUGGUGAAUGGCUAGCAGAGGAACCUUAUGAGCUGAGAGAUUUUUCGAGGGCAGUAGAGAUAUGUCGAUCUGAACGCCAAGCCUUUGGUGACCACUACAAGUGUGAAAUUUUUCGUGAUCUUGGUCCUUUCUAUAUCUCUGUACGCUGUUACCCAGUCACAAAAGAUGAUUUGUGUGAAUUGAUAACCCUGUGCGGAGGACGUUUAGCCCUGAGUCGGAACAAAGCUCGAUACAUUAUUGGCGAUACCAGUCACACAUUACCGGAUAAAACUUACGUAACCCCUUAUUGGAUACUGGAUAGCAUUACCCAAAUGCAAUUGAUGAAAAUUCACAAAUAUUUGUGUCCCAAGCCUAACGAACGUCCUGCCCCAUGUUCGCCUGUUGCAAUGGUAAAGACACAAACAUAAGGAAGGGAAUUUAAAAAGAAUUGCAAUAUUUCCGUACACAAAAGGAAGUGAAGAGCAAUAAGAAUUGUUCAUUAAAUAUUAAAAGUUGAUCAAAUACAAUUUUCAAUUGGGACUAAUAAUUUGGAAUAGAUUACAUAGUACUUUAAAGUUUUUUAUUUUAUAUUGAAAAAUGUUUUAUAUACAAUUUUUUAUUGUAGAUUUUUAUAACGUUCUUAAAAAAAAUAAAUAAAAUUUUUAUUCGUGUGAGAGAUAGUUUCUA